AGGCAUGCUUCUUCUCUUUAUACUACAAAAAAACAACACAAAAGAACUCAGCCUGCUUUUUCUUGGGUCUAUCAGAUGAUUGUGUAAAUUUUAUAAACACACCAAUGCAACUUCAUUCAACAAUAUAAAGAUUGGUUUCGAAAUUCGAAUCAUUCGAAGAAUUGAAGUCAUAAGCUUCCAUUGAAAUGAGAGUGAAACGAAAGAUCGCUGAUUUCUUGUUCUUGAUAUGUUUCUUGACGUUUUCGUGUUGUUCUAAUGGCUUGCUUUCUCCUAAAGGUGUUAACUUUGAAGUGCAAGCGUUAAUGGGUAUAAAAGCUUCGUUAAUGGAUCCUCAUGGUGUUCUUGAAAAUUGGGAUGCUGAUUCUGUUGAUCCAUGUAGUUGGACUAUGGUUACUUGUUCUUCGGAAUCUUUAGUCAUUGGAUUGGGAACACCUUCGCAGAAUCUAUCGGGUAAACUUUCAUCAGCUAUAGGCAAUCUAACCAAUCUUCAAAUUGUAUUGUUACAAAAUAAUAACAUCACAGGGCCAAUCCCUAAAGAAAUUGGUGAAUUAAAGAAGCUUCAAACAAUCGAUCUUUCUGAUAACCAAUUCACUAAUGAAAUCCCUUCCUCUUUAGGCCACUUGACAAAUCUCCAAUACAUGAGGCUUAAUAACAACAGUCUUUCAGGACCAAUUCCACAAUUAGUUGCUAACAUGACACGACUUGCUUUUGUUGACUUGUCCUUCAACAACUUAAGUGGCCCUGUUCCCAGGUUUCCUUCCAAGACCUUCAACAUCGUUGGGAACCCUUUAAUAUGCCAAACAGGGUCCGAGCAAGAAUGUUAUGGAAUGACACUCUUGCCCAUGUCCAUGACUUUAAACACUACUAAUCAAGCUAAUGGCACUUUGCCAAAAUCAAAAGGUCACAAAAUCGCUCUUGCCAUUAGUACAAGCCUCGGAUGCAUCUCUUUGCUCAUCUUUGGACUCGCGCUCAUUUGGUGGAGGCGACGACAUAAUCAAGAACCCUUCUUUGAUGUCAAAGAUAAGCAUCACGAGGAAGUUUCCCUAGGAAAUCUAAGGAAGUUCACAUUUAGGGAACUUCAAAGCGCAACACACAACUUCAGCAACAAGAACAUAUUAGGAAAAGGAGGCUUCGGGCACGUUUACAAGGGUCAACUCCAAGACGGGAGUUAUGUGGCGGUGAAGCGCCUCAAAGAUGGUGGUGCCGCCGGCGGAGAACGGCAGUUCCAAACAGAAGUUGAGAUGAUCAGCCUGGCAGUUCACCGGAAUCUCCUCAGAUUAUACGGUUUCUGUAUGACCCCAACUGAAAAACUCUUAGUCUACCCUUACAUGUCAAAUGGAAGCGUUGCCUCUCGUCUUAAAGCGAAACCAGUUUUGAAUUGGGGAAUAAGGAAGAAGAUCGCAUUAGGAGCUGCGAGAGGAUUGUUGUAUCUUCAUGAACAGUGUGAUCCGAAGAUUAUUCAUCGAGAUGUGAAAGCUGCGAAUAUAUUGCUUGAUGAUUUUUGUGAAGCGGUUGUUGGUGAUUUCGGGUUAGCGAAGCUUUUGGAUCAUCAAGAUUCUCAUGUAACGACGGCGGUGCGUGGAACCGUCGGCCAUAUUGCGCCGGAGUAUCUCUCCACCGGCCAGUCGUCGGAGAAGACAGAUGUUUUUGGGUUUGGGAUUCUUCUUCUAGAACUGUUAACCGGACAACGAGCUUUGGAAUUCGGGAAAGCUGCUAACCAGAAAGGAGCAAUGCUUGACUGGGUGAAAAAGAUUCAUGUAGAGAAGAAGCUAGAUUUGUUAGUUGAUAAAGAUUUAAAGAACAAUUACGAUAGGAUUGAGUUAGAGGAAAUCGUGAAAGUGGCGUUGUUGUGUACUCAAUAUCUUCCCGGCCACCGGCCUAAGAUGUCGGAAGUUGUACGGAUGUUGGAAGGGGAUGGACUUGCGGAGAGAUGGGAAGCUUCACAGGGAGUUGAGUCGAGUUCAAAGUUCAGGACGCCGGAGUUGUCGUCGUCGGAGCGGUAUUCUGACCUCACCGAUGACUCUUCUUUGCUUGGACAAGCGAUAGAACUCUCUGGGCCUAGAUGAAUCUUGAAUUUCAAAUAGGAAUUAUGGAAAAAAAAAAAAAAAAACAGGGUUUGUAAAGGUUUAAAUUUUCAAGUGUAGUAAAUUUUGUAUUUGAGUUAUAAAAAAAGUAAGUGUUUUUUAAUA